ACGAGGUUCAAAGUCGUCGUUGAUUGGCCCUGGGCCCCCAAAUCUGUGAAUCCGCUCCUGUUUGCGCCUCUUUUCUCCGUCAGUCGUCUUCUUCCUCUUCCUCAUUCCUCUGCCGAGCAUCUGUCCAGCUCCGUCUGGGGUUCUGACGGGAAAUGGGCUCCAGGACCCACAAGAAGAUUCUGGCGGACACGCUGGAGGACCUGACCGAGACAAACUUCCAGAAGUUCGUCCAGGACCUGGUGGACCGCCGGCAGGAGCCGCGCGUCAGGCGCGCCCGCGUGGACGGGAAGGGCUUCCUGGUGGUCGCAGAUGUGAUGGUCUCCACCUUCACGGAGAAGAAGGUUCUUUCGGUGGCCGCGGAGAUCCUCAGGGGGAUCGGCUGCUCCGAGGAGGCGCAGCAGCUGAAGGAGGCGGAGUCUUCACCUUCUGGUUCAGAACAACACUUUGUGGACAAACACUUCAGCGAGCUGAUCGACAGAGUCACCUGCGUUGAACCGAUCUUAGAUCUGCUUCUCCAGAAAGAAGUCCUCCAGCAUGAAGCCUAUAACUCCAUCAGAUCGAUGCCCACCCCUCAAGCUAAGAUGCGGGAGCUCCUGAUUCACCUGAGGGCAAGCCCCGCCCACAAAGACAUCUUCUACGACAUCCUAAAGAAGCAGCAGAAACACCUCGUUGAAGACCUUGAAGGAAACAGUUAAACAUGUUUUUGAAGAAAAGGAAUAAAAUAUUGUUAUUGGUGGCUGAUUUUGUCUUUGUUUACGGAGGGAACAAUGUGAGGAGUCCCCACAGCGAAUCAGCUCUCUCCAUCAAACCCCGUCUUGACACGCUCAUCAGCUGUGAAACAAAAAUAAAUAACUGGUUUACUGAAA